CUUUAUUGACAUGACACAAUUUUGAAUUUCAUUACAAAACUGAAAACUGAAAAAUUGCAAAAGAAAAAUACACAAAAAUGGCGUUGAUUUUAACAUAAACUGUGUUUAAUCGAAUAAUAAUGAAGUUACUAAAGCUCCAUUUGCGGUACCAUCCGCCAGGGAUUGUUCUGGAAUACUUACAAAAAGGUGUCGUGAAGAAGAAGGACAUAGAUCUCCUAGAUUUAAACAGCAAUUCAGAUAUAAAGGAAAUAGCUAACCGCCUCUGCCAAAAGGAGCUGCUUCUGACUGAGGAGGUCCAGGACCAGUUGGAACAAUGCCUGGAGACGCUGAGGAAGAGGAUCGAGCACGAGGGGCCGACGGGCAAGCGGUUCUACAUAUACAAGACCCUGCAGACCCAUGUGCUUCCUCUGACCAACGUGUGCUUCAAUAAGACCGGAAACAAAUGUCUUUCGGGGAGCUACGACAGGACAUGUAAAAUAUGGGACGUGGAAUCAGGCAAAGAGCUGAAGACUCUCACCGGACAUCAAAAUGUCGUCUAUUCUGUUGGCUUUAAUUUCCCGGCGUGCACCCAAAUAAUAACCGGUUCCUUCGACAAAACGGCCAAGAUCUGGGACCCAGACACUGGGUCGUGUCUAGCAACGCUGUAUGGUCACACUGGCGAGGUGGUGGCAGCACAGUUCAGCAGCAAGGGAGACCACGCGGCCACUGGCUCUAUGGACCACCUCGCUAAACUCUUCGAUGCUGAAACUGGCACUGAAAUACAUAGCUAUGCGGGACAUACAGCUGAGGUGAUCGCCUUGCAGUUUGACCCGAACGAGGGUCACAGACUCAUCACAGGAUCUUUUGAUGGGACCAUUUCCUCGUGGGACACCAGAGAGAAAGAUCGAGUAUCAGUUUUUCGUGGACACGAAGGCGAGAUCUCCAACGUGCAGUUCAACUGGGACAGUUCCCUGGUGGGCUCCGCUUCUCUGGACGGCAGCGCCAAGCUGUGGGACGCGCGCAGCACCGCCUGCCUCGCCACCGUCGCGUCACAUACUGAUGAGGUGCUGGACAUCUGCUUCGACUGGGCUGGGCAGCGCGUGGCCACGUCGUCCAGCGACAACUCUGCGCGCGUGUACGAUGUUCGUGCAGAUUUCAGGGAACUUGCCGUCAUGAAGGGACAUAGGGAGGAAGUGUCCAAGGUGUGCUUCAGUCCGGCGGGCGGCUGUCUCUUGACCGCCUCAGCAGAUCGCAGCGCGAGGGUGUGGAGCACCACCACGGGCAACUGUUUACAGGUGCUGUCAGGGCAUCAGGGUGAGAUCUUCUCGUGCGCGUUCUCGUACGCCGGCGACGCCAUCAUCACGGCUUCCAAGGACAACACCUGCAGGAUCUGGAGGUGACUCGACUGGUGGUUGGGGCCCAGUGGCCACGGUGGACAGGCGAUAUAGAUAUAGUUCAACGAUAUGUUACCAUUAUAUUAUUGUGAUCUACCAAGACUCAAGACCUACCAAGAAUGGUAAAACUUAAAAAAAAUCGGCCAAGUGCGAGUCAGACUCGCGCAACGAGGGUUCCGUACUAUGGUAUAUUUCCCGACGUUUUGCACGAUUUAAAUC